CCCACGUGGCCAUUGUAGUGCAGUGUGUAGCUAGCUAGCUUAUAGUGUUAAUGUUAUGAUGAUCCAGCCAUGUCGGCUGUGGCUAGAGCGCUCAGAAUGUCCUACUCCUUCAAGGUCUUCAGGAGAGCUGUGUCCACCUCAUUGAAUGGAGACCCUGCUAAUAACCUACUGAUGAAGAUUACUGAGUUCACCUCUACUGGAGAGUACACCACAUCAGUGGUACACAGAAGCGAACUAUUAGCACGUCUGAGACUCCAACCACGUGAUAUCAGGUUCUCCACCGCAACAUCACUAUACCAGCGAGGAGAGAGCAUCAUACUGAGACUACAAGAUGUCAAGGCUGUUGUAUGCUCUAACUCUCUCAUCCUAUUGGACAGCGAUGGCCCCACCCUCCAGGAGCUCCUCCCAGAGCUAAAGGAUAAGCUGACAGUGACUCACAAAGAUCCACUACCGUUUGAAUUCAGAGCACUAGAGGCCAUGCUCAUGAAGAUGUUUUCCCUGUUAGAUGGUCGCCUCUCACAACUGGAGCCAGCCCUCAGAGAAGUGCUCAAUAAUCUACUAGACCCUCGUCUCUUCUCAGUGGACAGAGGACAGCUACACAUCCUCCUGCAUCACUCCAAGAGUCUGUCAGAGUUUGAUAGCUUAGUGAGAGAUAUAGAGUCUACCCUCAGUGAGAUGUUGGACAAUGAUGAGGACAUUGCAGACAUGUACCUGAGCCACGUCCGUGAGACAGGUGAGUGGAGGAGUGAGGAAGACAUUGAAGAUCUCUACAACAUCCUCGAGGGCUUUGCCAUGCAGAGUGAGAACCUGUUGAGUGAAGUGCAGAAGCUGCGUGAACUCAUUGACCAAUCAGAGAGCAUUAUUCUCAUCAAUCUAGACAGUCAGAGGAACAUCAUGCUGCGUCUAAGCCUGCAACUAGAGAUGGGCAUGUUCUCGUCUUGUCUGGCUGGUCUUAUUGGAGUUGCCUUUGGGAUGAACCUGGACUCAUCACUGGAAGAGAACACAUACGCUUUCUGGGUAGUGACUGGAGUUAUGCUGACCAUAUGCGGGUUGCUAUGGAGACGUCUUCUACUCUUCCUAGGGAAAAACUUGGACAGAAGUCAAUUGCAAAAACUAUCCAGAGAUCAAUACAAGAAGAAAUAAACUCUCUACAGCAUUAUACAUUCAUUUUGUAAAUAUUACGCCAAAUUUUCUUCAACAUAAUUAUUUAUUUUUGUUCAACAUAAUAUUCUGUUCAACUUUG